GAUCCAAACACAGAAUGUAACGCAGCACGAGACAUCUGCACAGAUCAUUCAGUUCGUGUCGUAAGCAUGCCUGGGAGUUGUUAAUAGUAAACAUUUACGAAUCGGUUGUGUUAAAUUACAUUUGUCAAAAGUACGAGAAGUACCAUGGCUAAUCCAAAUUUAACGGACAUGACAGAAGAAGAUGCUGCUGAUUUGCAGUUUCCGAAAGACUGCUCAUCGAGUAAAACAGAAAAUAUCGAGAAUGACAUAGAACUCGACGUGUCAGUCGUGAAGGAAGAAGUCAUUACUUCAGAUCCAACAUGCCGCAUAUGCAAAUCUGCUUUAAUGGAGCCUUACAUUCGUUGCGCAGUGUGUAGCAACACGGAUUUAUGCCCUUCUUGUUUCUCAAGUGGCUCUGAAGUUACCGGUCACAGAAACGAUCACGACUAUAUUAUUAUAAAGAACGAGUUCCCUCUGAUUCAUGGAAGUGGUUGGACCGCUAAGCAGGAAUUAGAGUUUCUUGACGUGUUGCAAGAAUGUGGUUUUGGGAAUUGGGGUGACAUCUCGAAAAGAAUGCAAGGGAAAUCUGCGGAAGAGUGCAAAAGCCAUUAUCUUCAACAUUAUAUCGAUAAUCAAAGUAUACCUGGUUUGCCAAGAAUUAAAGAAACAAAAGCAAGUCUGUUCGGUCAUGAUCCGAUACCUUAUCUAUAUAAAUUACAAGACCUAGAAGAACCACCGCGGUUUGCGUCUAAUACUCUUAAUUGUAAACUUUUAGCAGGAUAUAAUCCUGCGAGGUCAGAUUUUGAAGUAAAUUUUGAUAAUCACGCAGAAUUAUUAAUUUCUGAUCUGAAUUACGAUGAAUUUGAAUUAAGUGAUAAUUAUGAGUUAGGAAAAGCUAUGCAAACAGCUAUGGUGCAGGCAUAUAAUAAUCGACUGAAAGAACGUAUGAGGAGAAGGAGAAUCAUACGUGAUCACGGUUUGAUUGCAUUUAGGAGAACUAUUUCUUGGAUACAAAGAUAUGAAUGUACAAUAACUAGGACGCUUGCAGAGAGAUUAUUAAUUUUCAUGCAAUUAAUGGGAGGAGUAGAGUUUGACUUCUUUAUGGAAGGGUUGCACCGUGUUGGAGAGCUUAAGAACUAUUUAAAUAAACUUUUCGAGUUCCGCAGUAAUGGUCUUACACAUUUCCACAGUGUUGUACUGUUUCAAAAGCUAGGUAAACUCAGGCAGGAGAACGAGAGAGAGAGAAAACAGUACUUAAAUAAUUCUGAAUACAGUUGGAAGUCCAUAUUGCCUGGUUGUAAUGUUAAUACAAAUAGUUCGAUACCUAGCACAAUUUCACAGCGAAAAACAGCACCGCCUUUAGCAAUAAAAGGUCUGCCUGGAUAUGAAAAGCUUACCUCUGUCGAGAAAGAGCUUUGUUCGGUGACACGUAUAGUUCCUGCUAACUAUCUCGAUUUUAAACAACUUCUGAUAGGAGAGAAUAAAAAGAAUGGCUAUCUUAGAUUAGCACAAGCUAGAGUUUUGCUUAAAAUCGAUGUAAAUAAAACACGUAAAAUCUAUGAUUUUCUUACAGAACAAGGAUAUAUAAAUAAACCAAAUCAAUGACAUAUAUUUCAUUAAUAUAGUAAAUAUAUUCGAAUUUUAAAACUUUUUUUUGUAUCUUGCGUGUACUGAUAGUAUUGUGAUAUUAAAUGUUAAGAUUUAUACCUAAGACGUCUCGAGAUAGUACAAUAAUUGAUAAAAUUGACUAAAAAUAGUAAUUUGAGUAUUAGGUACCGCUUUUAAGAAUUUGAUUAUCAAUUUGUCUUUUUUUUUAAUGAUCUGUUAACCUUUUCGCAUUAUUCGACAUUUUAUGAUAAGGACCAUAAAGUAGAUCUUUAAUGUUCGUAAUUUGUUAAAGGUUUUUCAUACAAUUUGAUUAUUUCUUCCGCGGGAGAAUAUAAGGUGUACGUGUCGUAUCUAAUACUGUACAAAUGAUGUAAAGAAUAAUAAUAUAAAUAUCCAUAAAUCAAUUGUA